UCCCUUAAUUUCGGAAUCAGACGCGCCACCGGAUUCAACAUGAGUCAAACUGGUGCAUACAGCACAGCCGAUGUUAAUUUAAACGAGUUAAUUGAUAGUAUGAUCGGAUGAAUAAAGAUUAUUUAUACAGAAGUGCAUCGGAAAUAAUUUGAGAAUCAACGGGAUGGCACUGCGAGCAUAUCACAUGAUCUUCCGAAUGGUUAACCUGUACGCUGAUAAUUAUAUGACAGCACCCAGACGAUUGCACCCGAUGAGAUUCCUAUGCGUGCUGAUACUUCAUUUUACGAUUAGUAAAGUGAAUACUACUGGAAGUAAAUGUCAUCAUUUCGGAGUAUGAGAAUGAAAGUGAAUUAUCAAGAGCAGAGGGGCUAGACUGAUGGGUAGAACAUUGGAUUCAAUCGAGAGAUAAGCAACAUCAUACUUGGUUGUUUUUUUCAAUGAAUACCGAACGAGUUAUUCACUGUUAUUCGUUUCAUUCUUCUAGGUUGAACUGUAUUUGUCCCAAGGAAUAAUGCAAAGCUGGAAUGACAAAGUUUUUGCGGUAUGUGUCAGAUGUUAUUAUUACACCUCUGUGUACCUUGGCGGAGAGUCGGUGUCGGUGAUUCGCCAGGCAAGGCCCAGCAGCCCGCCACAAGCAUAUUGUUGCUCUACUUUUGGAAACGACACAGCGAGUUUGAGUGCAAAAAAUCAUCCUACGUCGCACAUGUGUCUACUCAAGGAAUGCAGUCAUUCCACAAACCAUGGAUAUGAAAUCCCAAUCAGCUCAAGACUUGGAGGCCUAAACUGGAGAAAUUAUAACCACGGAAUCCCAAAUGCGUGCAUAAACUUUAGUAGAUCCCAUAAGAGCUCAAUGUCUUACAAAGCAUUCUAUUAUGCCGGCCAACACAUUUGGUAUUUGGAUUCUUGAGACCAACAUACAUAGAAUUAACAUAGAAAUUCUCAUGGAUGAAAUUCUCAACAGAUACUCCGAAAAGAUGUUUCUCGACCUGGUGCCUCAUCAUGCGCAUGCCUUCAUUCCUGUGUUAUAAAUCAUACCGCUACAGGGUAUAUCGAAGACAUCAGCUGGUCGCAUGCUGGGCUGAUCGUUUGCAAUCAUCUGUAUCUAAUCCUACUCCUAAUAAUACAUGUACUACAAUCACUACAA